CCAACAUAGGUAGGUUGUUUAAUCAGUGGACUGUCAUAUUCGUUUCGAAAAGUGCGAAUCAGGAAGCAACAGAACAUGACAGGAUUUAUUAAGUAUUUUGGCCUGGGUGCCAUACUUUCUGCAGUACAAGUUACGGGGAUAGAUUUCACUAUUUCAAAGGAUAAAGUUGUGAUUGGAAGUACAGGAACAUUAACAAUGAGAUGUGAUGUCAUUGAGAACGAUGUUGCCACCAUCUACAUUAUUCAGAUACGACGAGAAACUACGCCAGGAUCAGGUAGUUUUGAAACAUUAGUGAUAAUGGAAUCAGGAACAACUGAAACUCCUACAUUAAGCGAAUCAAUUAACAACAACAAAAAUUUCAUUGCUGGUGGCAGUUAUGAGAAUACACCCAGUAACACAUACCUGACAGUGAGUAUGAAUAUUAGUAAGUUGGUGUGCAACGAUGCCAGGGCUUACAGAUGUGAAUUGACAUAUAAAGGAACUUCUGGUAGUGUACUUACAGUGGUAAAGAAUGGUACCUUUUCAGCCUAUGUGUACCCUCAAAUACGUCUGUUAGAAGGGAGGAGAAAUGAUGUUAUAGUACAGGGAUCAUCAUCUACAAAUCAAGCAGCAUUUGACGUUGGUGAUGUAUUGAAACUUUCUUGCACAGCUACUAUUGGAAGUUUACCAGCAACCACAAUCAGAUGGCGAAAGACUUCUGAAAUAGAACAAACAGAUGAGUUUAUUGGGUAUCAACCACCAGCAGGAUCAUUUGAUGAGGGCACUGCAAUAAGUGACAAUCAGUGUGGUUAUACCCGAAUAGCAACAGUUACAUACAACACUACAGUCGCUGAUGCAAAUAGGGAUAACAACCUAGCAUUUGAGUGCUAUGUUUCUGUUAGUGGAGAUCCUUACGGAACAACGUAUCAAACACAAAACAAUCCUAAGUUUUAUGCUGACGUCAGUGGCGGUGACCAGGCAAACGGAG